AUGGCAGUUAGCGUCGCUAGCCGUCCAGGAUUUGACUCAACAACACAUCGACUCGGUAGCUCCCUGGAGACAAUAUCCGCCGACGAUACAAGCCUCACCGCCGCCAUCAAGGACAACGUCCUCAGCAACAUCAACACAAAGUAUAACGACGAGGAGAAUUUUCUAAUCGUAUCUCCAUACGAAGAGAAACCCCAUCUUUUGGAUCUUCGAACUCUCGAUACCACCAACCAGCUACUGGCUAAAGCACUCGUCGGGUUGAAAUGUGUAAGGGAGGACUACUCAACCGCUCCCUACAUCGAUAUUUUUAACUGGCCAGAGGUUGUAGAUUCUGUUCACCGGAUGGCUGAACUUUCAGACUUCAAGUGGACAGAAUCCUCGUUCUAUAUCGUCGUAUUUCGGUCGCGAAUUCCACCAACAACAGUGUACGCUGAUCUUGGUGUCCUCGAUAAAGCAGCUCACGCUGAAGCCACUGAGAGUGGAGGAUUUCUCAAGUAUUGGUUUGGCUCGCCUGAUGGGCAUGGUAGAAACCUGGCUACUUGUGUUUGGCGCUCUCCUCAUGACGCUAGAGUUGGGAGCGUAGGAGAAGCACACCGAAAGGCGGCAGGUGCAACUAGAUCAUUGUAUACCGAAUGGAAGAUUGAGCGCUUGAGGCUACUGAUUAAAGACGACGCCCAGGACUGGGAGAUAUCCGAGUGGGUUGAUUGA